AUGGAAAAGAACGAUGGAUGCGGCACAUUGCGUGCGGUGCGUCGGGACACACACGCACACGAAGGCGAGAAAAAAAGGCGACGCCGUACGCGGCCGCACGAAGCCGAUAUUUUGAUGCGAGCGUACAUGCAGAAUGCGUUCCCGAACGAAAAAACGCGCGAGCACCUUGCACAGCUGGUUGGCAUGGCACCACGGUACGUUGCGCGUCAUACUUACACCAGUGCCAUCUCGAUCUGGUUUCAAAACAGGCGUCAGGCGGAAAAGAAGCGCACGAUGCGGUACAAUGGCGGCAGUACGCACUACCCCAGCAUGACUGUCCCACUCUCGAUUCCCAUGUCUUUGCCGCCUUUAAACGGACAGCGUGACUUGCACGAUUGGAUCGGUCCUUUGCCAGGCAUGCCGCUCAGUGCACCCGAGCCAGCCAACUUUCGCCGGACUACCAGCGCGCCUUGCGUUUCGCUCACCACUACGCUGGGCGGGCGUGCAGAGCUUGGCUCGCAACCGCAGGUGGAUGCACACAUUGCCGAUGUGCCGCUGUAUACCGAUUUUGAGCCUGCGUACCACGAGGACGAGGCAAUUUGGCAGCGCAUGGAAAGUUCCAGCGCCGUGGGCUCCAGCGAGACUGAGCCGCGCGAGGAGCUGCACGAGGAGGACGACGAGGAGCGGACUUUGCGCCGUCUUGCUCAACGGAACAAUGCGCGCGACCGUAAGGCACAGCGCGCAACGGACGCGCGACUUGCAAUACAAGAGCGUGUCAAACCGCACAGGCCUUCGCGCGGAUUCAAGCGCCAGUCCUCUUUGGCGCUUGAGUGGGCCGCAGGGCGCAAUUUGCAGGGCGACCACGAGCAAGUGUGUGCGCCAAGCAAGCUGCGCCGCACGGAAAGCGUUCCUACGCGCGCUCCUUUGCGCACGAUUCCAGCGGCGCUCCCGAGGCCGACUUGCCAAGCGCGGCGCGCGCCCGGGAAAGAGAAUGCACCGAUUGGUGCGUGGUGCCGUCCGGGCCAUUCGUUUCGUCGCGUCUUGUCUGCCUCAUCUGCGCGCUCGCGCGUCUCGCCUCCGGGUGUAGCGUAUUGGCCGCGGCCUGCCUUUGUGCGGCAGGAAUCGAGCGCGCGGAGCGAUGUGUCACCUGUACCUGCAAAAGACGAUGCCCAAGACGACAGCGGUUUCUUUGAAGAGGACGCUCAGCGCAAUGCUCACAUCUCACCGGGAACACAUGCCGCGCGCUCGACGCAUACCAACUGCGACGCACCGUUCACCGAGCACGAUCGCCAAGCAGUGGAGCUGCUCCUUGGGCUUGGAGUGAAAAAUGCUUGCAGCGCUUGA